CAACGAUGAUGAUGUACCUCGGCGAGGAAGAGGCAUGCGAUCUAGGAAGAAGAAGGGACGUAGAGAUGCAGAUAGGAAAAGAAGAGAGAAGGCGAAGAGAGGAGAGAUCAACGAGGGGAUCAGACAGGAGAGAUCAAGGGGAAAAUAGAACCGAGAAGAAAGUGAGAAAAAGGAAAAAAAAAAAAAAGAAGAGGAAUGGAAUUGAUACAAAAUCGAGCGGAACCGGGGAACGUGUGUUCCUCAAGGUGAGGCGCGAGUGUGGACGAUCUGGCGAACGUAAUGCGAUCGAUGUGAGAUCGGCCGAGACACUGCGGGAUCGCCGAUCCGCGGCGCGACACUCAGGUGAACGAUUUAUUUCUGUCCCCACUUGACG